CAGCAAGGAGGACAGCAGAAAACCGCCGAGGAGACAAUAAAUACAGUACUGUCAGACUUCAUACAGUCAUAGCAGUCCUUAGCAGAAGAAAAAUAUUAUGAAGUGGAUACAAGCAUGAAAUUUGGAACAAACAUUCCUCAGGUGCUCCCGCCUGUCCAGCGCUGCCAGAGUCUCCUGUCUGUCCUGAGCCGCCAGAGUCUCCCGUCUGUCCUGAGCCGCCAGUCUCCCGUCUGUCCUGAGCCGCUAGAAUCUCCCGUCUGUCCUGAGCUGUCAGAGCCGCCAGUCUGUGCUGAGCUGUCAGAGCCGCCAGUCUGUCCUGAGCCGUCAGUCAGCCAGGACCUUCCAGAGCCGCCAGCCAGCCAGGACCUUCCAGAGCCGCCAGCCAGCCAGGACCUGCCAGAGCCGUCAGCCAGCCAGGAGCUGCCAGAGCCGUCAGCCAGCCAGGAGCUGCCAGAGCCACCAGUCAGGCAGGAGCUGCCAGAGCCGUCAGCCAGCCAGGACCUGCCAGAGCCGUCAGCCAGCCAGGAGCUGCCAGAGCCGUCAGCCAGUCCGGAGCUGCCCCUCAGUCCAGAGGCGCUCCUCAGUGGGGCCUUUAACUAGGGUCUUAGACCCAAGGUCGAAGGUGAGGGUCGCCACUCUAAAGAGGCCCUUGAUAAGGGAAAUUACUAUUGGGGACGUGGGGUCCACAUCCCACGC